CUUCUUCAUCAUCCAAAGUUUUUUUCACUUCCAGUGUUUCUUUAUCUUUAUCAGUUACUAGCUAUAAAAAUUUGUUUAAAAGGUAAGUAUCGCCUAAUUUGUAGCAUACCAAGAGUGUCUGAUUUGUAAACAGGUCCUUUCAGCCAGUGUUUAAUUAAUCAAUUCCCUCUCCCAUGCAGCAUACAAGUUAAAUGAUUUGGCACAUGCAAGAUUGGUUAAGGUGUUACAUGAUUAAGCCUCGUUACGAAAACAUCAUGAUGGUGUUUUUGUAUUUUCAGGAUGAAUAUAGGUGGAUACAAUUUAAUGUUGUCCAGAAGAUUAGUGAAGCUCUGGAAUAUUGUGGUGCAAAUCAUCUUGAUGCCUCUAUACCUUUUAAGAGUAUUUUUGAGCUUAAUUAUCUUUCAGAAUAUAAUUGAUGGGAAUGUUCUAGGCAAUACUUGCAAAGAAAGUACUAUAUUUAGUUUAAUAGUAAAAGUUGAUGAAUUCUGAUGAGAUUUGGUUGACAUUUCUGAUUUGUUGUCGGUGCUCAUUUCAUUAUCAAAAAGUGGUUCUUCGUCAUAUCAUGUGAAACAUCAGUAUCUACUUCAUUUCUCUUUCAUUUCUAUGCCUGAAUCCUAAGCACGGUUGGUUUGUUUGCAUAUAUCCCUAUUUUGAUGUAGCCAACUAAUUCUUUCAUCUUACUCGUUGGCCCAAAAGAAGAUCAUACUCCUGAGGCACAUCUAAGAUGAAGCUGAUGACACUCUACCAUCUUGUCAAUAAUUUGAUGGGUUUGAUGUUAGCUGGCCCAUCAUGUGCUGAAUGUUAUUAAAACAUCUAUUUGUUUACACUAUCAACUUCCAGCUUUUGUUUGAAUAUAGAUGUAUAAACAAUAGCAUACAAAUUUUGUGUUCCUGUGUAAGGUUCUGUACAGUAAUUGCUGAAGUUAGAAGUUCUAUCUCUUCCUCUAAAAGCUGUUAAAGAGGUAUGGGAGCAUUUUGCUGUUGUCCGUGUUCAGAGGAUUUCGAAGAAUAUGCCCAUCCAAGCAAUCCCAUGUAUAGGCACUGCAAAUGCUUAAGAUACUUCUUUCAUCAGCUGUUCGGUGGGUAUAGCGCAAUGUUUCGAAGAUUGGAGGUGCAGACAGUUGCUUUCCCUGUUCGAGCAGUAACUCCAUUGACAUCAACAGGCAUUGGAACCACUUCAGCUGACAGUUCAUUGUCUGAGACCUACCACCUUGUCCCUCAGCCUCCACCUUAUGAUACAGAUCCUAGAUUAUCUCAUUCCCAAUGUGAUGGGUUCGUCUUAAGGAGGGACAAGUCUACGAGCCACUUACAGGAAGAAUCACAGACCCGUCGAAGAAAAGGAAGUAGCUCUGCAGUGGAACAUUUAGGUUCCAUUAAAAAACGGAACAGUGUAGAAAAAGAGGAAGAAAAACCUAGCCAUUCUAAAUCAGAGAAAAAUCUAUAUGCAAAAGCUUAUAGUACUGGUUAUGUGAUAGCGAAUUCAGAGGAUGAAGAUGUUUGCCCUACAUGUCUUGAUGAGUAUACUCCUGAAAAUCCAAAAAUUGUGACAAAUUGCUCUCAUCAUUUUUAUCUGAGCUGUAUAUAUGAAUGGAUGGAAAGAAGUGAUAGUUGUCCAAUUUGUGGCAAGGUCUGAAAGCAAGCUUAGAAGAGACGACCAGCACCAAACUCUCAGUUAUGAUGCUUCUCCUACUUUCUGAGGCAUGGUCUUGCUCGCCGAGCUGCAAAGCGGCACCAGAGCCAUGGCCUGCCCUCAAUAUUGCCUUGAAGUUGAGUAUGUCACCCGCACAUCUUCCGGCUAUAAGAAGCUGCCGUCAAAAGCUUGUGCAGGAUAUCAAUUUAACUUUGAUGUAAGGAAAUAAUUUAGAUUCAUAUGGCUACGUACAACAAUCACCUUACAGGGUUUUGGGUGUAUCAUUGCCUAUUAUGCAGCCUUUGUGGCCUUAUAUAAAGUUAUCCUUUGCUUUUAAA